AUGGAGCGCCGGAGUGAUUUUUGUUCUUCCAAGAUUUUAUUUUGGCUUUAUUUUUCCCUGAUUUGUGUCGGAGUCUUUCAAGAAACGACUGCUGACUUGCCAGGAAGCUUCGAAAAAGAUGUCGACUCUCCCUGGGACCCUUACUCGACUGCCGGUGUUGAGAGGUCGGCAACUUGUGUCAAACUCAAGUACGGCAAUUGCAUGGGCACCAAUUUGACGUAUUCCAUGAUUUCUUUGGAUUUAAUUCCAGAACGCACUACUCAAGAUUUAAUUGAGGACCGACUUCGACUCUUACAAAGCCUUAGACACAUCCCAAGAUGCUGGGCAGUGGUCCAACCCCUGUUGUGCUCGGUAUUCAAGCCUAAAUGCAACAACAAUACGAUAGAGCUGCCCUCGCAGGAGUUUUGCAAGAAAAUCCUGAGCCCGUGUCGAAUUCUCUUCAACCACACCAUCUGGCCCAGCUUCAUAAAAUGCGACAACCCGAAGCUAUUUCCCAAAGAAGGCAAAGACUUUUCAAGAUUCCUGCCGUUCAACAUUUCAGGAAAGUGCUUCAAGCCUCUAAUCGCGACUGACAACCCGCUGACGACCUUCGAGGGGAUAGAAGGAUGCGGGAUUCCCUGCAAUGAUCCACUUUACACAGCUGACGAGCAUGACCAGAUCCAUUCGUUCAUCAGGUGGGGUGCUACCAUUUGCAUGGUGUCCAACCUCUUCACCAUUUGCACUUUCUUGAUCGAUUGGCGAGGCGCUAACAAGUAUCCAGCCUUGGUUAUUUUUUACAUCAAUUGCUGCUUUUUGGUCAACUGCUUUGGAUGGAUGCUACAGUUUACUUUGGUCACCAGGGAGUCCAUUGUUUGUCAGAAGGAUGGAACACUUCGAACACAAGAACCAAGUGGCGACACCUGGUUAUGCGUGAUAGUCUUCGUCUUGAUCUACUACUCAUCAAUGGCAAUAAUGGUGUGGUUCGUAAUAUUUUCCUACGCUUGGUACAUAAGGUUCAAGGUUACAAACGGCUCAAUUCAGGAAAAGGUUACAAAGAAAAGCACUUACUUCCACAUGUUCGCCUGGUCUGUUCCAUUAUUCCUCACUCUGACGGUGAUCACUCGCGCAGAAGUAGAUGGCAACAGUGUCACAGGAAUUUGCUUUGUUGGGUACACUAAUCCCAUUGCUCGAAGCAUAUUUGUUCUGGGUCCGAUUAUGGUCGGAAUUAUAAUUGGUGGAUACUUUUUAUCUAGAGGCCUUAUAAAACUAAUCAGUUUGAAAAUACAAAGCCAAAAUCUUGUAUCAGAACGAGCUUAUGCCAAAAUCCGUGAUAUUUCUUUCAGAAUGGUUUUCUUUUCAUUGCUAACAUUCUUCGUUGUAAUUAUCACAAUGUACUGCCAUAUUUACGAAUUCUACAAUUCUUAUCAAUGGCGUCAAAGUUUUCGUGAUUAUAUCAUAUGCGCAAUCACAACCAAAUAUGACGAAGGCUCGAACUGCAAGAUAUCAUCCCGACCUAGUGUUACUAAACUUCAGCUACACUUGCUAGCACCUUUUGUUGCUGGUAUUCUGAUGUCUCUCUGGGUCUGGAACAGUUCAACAUUCGAAACUUGGAAGAGGUUCUUCCGACGAAGGUUCAACCCUGACCCAGACGAGCCAGUGAAAUUAAAGAAGCACAAAGUGAUAGCUCAAGCCUUUGCAAAGCGCAAAACCUUCAACACCUCCGGACGUUUUUCAAUAAGCUUCCACAAUUCUCACGAUCCCGUAGGACUAAACUUCGACCUAAACUCAGUGGCUUCACAAGACUUCAGCUCGACCUGGGCCGCAGCUUUACCGAAGUUUGUCACACGAAGAGACGCAUUGAUAGUCGGUAAUGGUGGUUCCAUGUCUAGCUACCGCAGAAACUCAGUAGACUCCGAAGUGAGCUACAGCGUGCAAAGAGUUUCCGUUCACUCUCGCCGGAAUUCUUUGGACUCGCAAAUUUCGGUCCAAAUUGCGGAAGUCAAGGCUUGCCGCAAGAGAGGCUCCUCCGUGCCAAGAACCAAGCGGAGCAAGCAGAAGAAGUUCACCAAGUCUAGUUCUAGAGUCGGGCCGUUGUUCCGUCGCGGCAGCACCACUUCUCAGGAAAGCCACCAUGCCCAAAUUUUAUCCGCGUUAGCGGCUUAUGGAUCUUCACAGAUUCCGAAUAUGAAGAGACGCUCUGCUAUGGCUGACCUGGACGACAGUAUUACUAACUCUAAGGUUCUGUACAACAAGAACGCCCAGAUUCUGCUGCCGCUAUUUUUCGGGGACCAAAGCGAGAGCGACAACUCCAGUGUUGACAAAUCUAAAACUCUGGAGAGCAAGAGCAAGGCUGAUGAUAAAGACGAGCGUGAUAGCGAGACCGAAGACAGUGAACCUGAUGAAGAGACCAAGAUGCUGAAUUGUGAAGAGGAUUGCGAAAGGAGCAGAAGCAGUAGAAGUGGGAAGGGAAGAGAGGCAGAAAAGAGCAAGUUUUGUAUUCAGAAUGAAGUUGCCACCAAACACUUUUCCCAAGAGUUGGAUAAAUUUGAAGCUAAGAAGCAUAAGGAGAAGGAAGAUAAAGAUGUACUUAAGAAUUCUAAUGGAAGUGAUUCUGACUCCAGUCCGGAAAUUACGAGGAGUAUUCAAUCAGAUACUCAGGGAACUGCACGCGAAAUGGCGACUCAGACGUCCCUUCCACUUGAUGUCCUUGAAAUGGAGGAAUUGAAGCAGAGCAUUGAUGAGAUUAUUAAUAGUAGGAAUAGUAGCUCUAAAGCUACACAGAUGUCGCCGCAACUUAGACCAACAACUGCUUUUCCAAUUCUUAACAAAGUUGAUGGACGAAUUCGGUCGCAGAUCAACGGCAAUUUAGCAUAA